UUUCAGAAUGUAGGCUGCUCAUGCUGCAUGCUGUUUCGGUAAAGAAUUUUUCUAACAAUUGAAUCUAACAUGGGCUUUAUCCAUCACACCUCAUCGGAAUAUAAUGAACGAGUAUCAUCAUGGAAGUUCUCAACAUUGACAAGAGUGACUUCAAUUUUGCCCUGAGCGAGUUUGAUCCUUUGAUUGUAGAAGAUGAAAUUGGUUUCAAAACAAUCAGCAAUCAACCUGUGGAAUGUUACUCCAAUUUCUUUGUGGAACAUUUAGUCAAGAAUCAGCCAUGUAUUAUCAAAGCAUGUGCUCAGGAUUGGACUUCAAGCCAGCAUUGGACAAUCAGUGGGAAACCAAAUUUCACACUACUGAAAGACAAAUUUGGGUCUGCUCAAGUAUCUGUCUCUGACUGUAAAGUGAAAUAUUACAACGCUCAUCAAACAAAGUCCAUGAUCUUCUCAGACUUCAUGAAUUACUGGGAAAAAUACUCAAGUGAUUGUUGGCCUGCAAAUGAAGCAUGUUUGUACCUGAAGGAUUGGCAUUUGAUGAAGAAUUUCCCCACGGAAUCAGUUUAUGUUGUGCCUUAUCAGUUUUCGUCCGAUUGGUUAAAUGAGUAUUAUAUGGAUCAUCCUCAUUUGGACGAUGACUAUAGAUUUGUGUACAUGGGCCCCAAAGGCACCUGGACUCCCCUUCAUGCUGAUGUGUUCACAUCAUUCAGUUGGUCAGCUAACAUUUGCGGGAAAAAAAAGUGGCUGUUGUUCCCUCCUGGAGAAGAACAUGUCCUGAAGGAUGAAUGUGGAAAUCUUGCGUUUGAUGUAACGCUUGGAGAUGUUAGUGCCUCAGAUAUUUCUCCUAACCGAUCAUUCACUGUUGUUCAAGAACCGGGAGAAGUCAUAUUUGUGCCUUCAGGAUGGCACCACCAAGUCUGGAAUGAGGAUGACACAAUUUCCAUCAAUCAUAACUGGAUCAAUGCAUGCAACAUCCAUCAGGUAUGGACGUCCUUAAAAGCUAAUCUGGAAGCAGUGAAAAAGGAGGUUAGUGAUUGCCAAGACAUGGAUGACUGGUUUGAACAUUGUCAGCUAAUGUUAAAAUCUACCUUUGGUAUGAACUACGAAGAAUUUUACCGUUUUUUAUUUUAUGUUGGAACCAAGAGAAUUGAACAUUUGAAUCAAAAUGAACUCCUCUCUUCGUUUCAAACGUGGAAGUUCGGCAGAGAGCACAUGCUUUAUGAUCUCGUCAAAAUCAAAGAAGUGCUCUUAUUGUUCAUCGAUUGUGAUGAAUUGGUAGAGUUGCCUUUUUAUUCUGAAUUGAACAACCCACCAGAAUUUUUCAUCAAUGAUAUAAAUAAUACUGUUAACGGUUUUUUAUCAAGUGAAUAUGAUUUCGAUGGUAAUUGCCUUUAAUAAUUGCCUUCUUUACUUACUAAGUGCCAAAAUUUGUUUGGGAGGGGGGUAUUUUUUAAGAAGCAGAAUUCUGUGAUCAGAUGUGAUUCAUAUAUUUUCCUCUUUUUUUGACUAUUUUCUUCCCCCAGUUGUUUUUAAGGUUUCAUUUCUAAUAAAUUAUCAUCAUUUAUCAGCCCUAGUGCUGGCUCCUUUGAGGCCACCGGAAUGGAUAAAAGUUCCAUAUUACAAUUUUUGAGUUCCUCACUCAAAUCUAAAUGCUCGAUACUUUAGGGGUAGGAAGCAAUGCAUUGUUCCUCAAAGAACUAACAUUAGGUGGAAAGUCACUUUCUUUAUUUGAUUCUGAACUCAUUUUACCUACAUACAAUUAAAAAUACAGUGAUAGAGACAAGAUCUUACAAUUCUCAAGAUAUUAUUAUAUUUAGAUGUUAUUAUUAGUAUUCUCUAUCAUUUCAUGUUCAUAUAUAUAAAAGUAGGAAAGACACGUUAAGUGGGCUUCUAUAAAAUCAACUACAAUGUAAGUGAAUGAUGAUGAAAUCAAGUGAACAAUUUCAAGGUUUCAUUCUACAAGAACAAAGGUGGAAUACAUAAGAAUAAAAUAGGAAUAUUUAUCAAUUGCUCAUUUCAUUGCAUCCGUCUGCGAAAGCAUUCAGGGAGUGUUGAAAAUUUACCCUGCUGAUCGCUUGUAUUAAGUAGCGUGCAAAAACUUCUUUAAGUGAGAUGUGGCUUCAGUAGGCGAAGCAAAUGAUCGAAAAUAGCAAAUGACAUCCUUGUAUACUUGAAGAACAACUGCUCAUUCUUGGCACUCCAAAUUUCUUUACACAAAUUGUUGUAAUCUCCUCGUGCACGCCGGUUUUGAUAGAUGGGAUGUACUUAAAAACGCCUGUGUUGCCUUCUCUUUUUUGUUUUUUGCGUAAAACUACGGCCGCUACCAUCAACAGCAUCAUUUUUCCAAGAUUGCAGAGGUAUUGACAAAAGUAAGGAAUAAUCAAUGACUAUAAAAACAUUGAAAAUUAAAAAUGAUCACUUCACGACACGAGGCGUAAUUUCGGCAGCCAUUCCGAAUUGCCAGAUGGUCGAAUCUUCUUUCUUCUUUGAAUCUGCUGAGUUCUUAGUUCUCGUCACCGAAAAUUGUCCAGAAUGCUGGUUCGUGGACCUGGAGCUGCAGAGAUCGAGUUAUGAGUCUUGAACUUCUUGAAGUCUAGGUGUGUUUCGGCACCAUGUUAGGUUAGUGGGCUUCACCGAGCAGCCCACUAACCUUACAAGGCGUAAUUUCGGCAGCCAUUCCGAAUUGCCAAAUUUAUCAGGAAAUAAACAUUUAAAAGAUGCAUUUCAAAUUGUAUAAUAUUGUAUACCAUUGACGCCAAAAGGGGCUGGUAUAAACACAUUCCAUUUGACAUAACAUAAACAUACAGUAAAAAAUAUGUUUUCUUUAUCUGAAAGGUGAGGGUAAUGAGUACAAGAAGAAUAAAGUAAUAGUAUUUACACAUUGGGAAGCCUUGAGCUUUUGAAUUUGCUUCAAGGUGCCCUCUUUUAUUUUUAAUUAUAAUUUGAAAUUCCUUGAUAUUGUUGAAGCUGAUUCUGUUUUGAGAAAGCUGUUUGUCCAGA